UCAUGUUUUCUUUUACUAAAACCGAUAGCAUUUUUGUGUAUGUAGCAAGCUCCUUUGAUUUCUUAAAUUAAAAAUCGAAAUCAAACUGCAAAAACUAAAGCAACUACCGCAUUAGGCGGGCGGUUGUUCGUUCCCAACGGUCAUUUCACCGGAAAAAACUCAUCACAUCGAGAAAUGACUGAGUCACCUCAAAACAACACUCCUCCAAAUCCAGACUCUCAAGAAGUAACCGUUCCCAUUAUCCCAAUCGAGUUCGUGAGUGAAGAAGAGAUGGCUCUCAUCGAAGCAGCCUAUGCAGCAUCUCGUUCCUCCCUCUCCUCCUCCUCCUCCUCGAUUUCUUCUUCGAUUUGUUCCCCUUCUCGCUUUCAAAGCAAGACGAAGACAAUCCAGUCGAUUACCCUCUUGUCUAAACGAUGCUUAAGUGGUUCUACUGUGCUGGAUAUAGAGGAUUCCGGCAAUUUAACAAGUACCCAGAAGAGGAGUAGAGUCGCUCAACCCUUUUUGCAUCGGUUUAGAAGGAAAAGGGGGCUGUCGGUUACUGAUAUUACUGCCACGGAAUGGUGUGAAAAGCAAAUGGAAUUUGUACUUCUCUUUGGCAACCGAAAAAUCAAUAAAGCUAUGAAAGCUGGUCAGGCUCGCCAUGUGAAACUUGAAGAAGAGGUUGUUAACAAGGUAGAAGUUUGUGUUCAAUCAGUUGAAGAUACCUGGGCAGUAAAGUUUAUUAACUUCAUAACUGGUGCAAAUCAAUUAUUGUUUGAAGGACUAACACGUGAGCUACCGCUAAUAGGCUUUGUGGAAGGUGUAUGCUUGGUAGGGGUUAUUGAUGAGAUCCAAAUGCCUGCAAAAGGAAGUGAUAGAAGGCCAAUAUUAAUAGACACAAAGACUCGUGCACAAGACUCUCUUCCUGCCGAACCACAAAGGAGAAAUGGAAGGCUUCAAUUAAUGUGCUAUAAGAAUUUGUGGGACACCUUGGUUGCCGAUAGCUUCCCUUCCAGACAGUUUUUCAAUCUCUUUUCAUUGGACCCUAGCUAUAUAUUAUCUGAAGACAUCAUAGAGAAAACUACUAAUUCAGGUUUUCCAGCUAAGACACUUGAUGACGUAGUUGGAUAUUACAGAAAUACAUGUCUGACUCAGAUAGUUGUUUUUUCCCCUACAAUUGCUGUGCAGACACUUGAUGACGUAGUUGGAUAUUACAGAAAUACAUGUAACAUGCUUCCUGUGACUCAUAACCAGCUAAUAUUGAGAUAUGAACUACAAAAAGAUCAGUCAGUGCUUGGUGAAGAUCAAUUUGCAUAUGAUCCUGACUGGCUCAAGAGGCAAAUUCAAGGCAGUCUUGAAUUCUGGUUGGGUGAGCGAGAAGCUAGUUACACCCCUGAGGAAGAGCGCUGGAAGUGCAGGCAUUGUCAGUUUGCUUCAAUUUGCCCCGGAAACCCCUUCAAGCUAGAGAAAGAACACUGACCUUCCUCUAUGAUAAUUUUUCAGAGUAUUUGUCUUCUGCAAGAGAAGCACAGUUUCUAUAGAUGCUUCUUUGUGCAAUUUUUGUUUGAACUGCAACAUUCCUAGAUUUGCUGUAGAACUUUAGUAUUUGCUAAAAUGCAUCUGUUGUAGCGUUGUAGGCCUUGGUGAAUAACUGUUGUAAAGUGAAUUAUUACUAUUAUUU